AUGUCGUCAAGCCUUCGGGAGCUGGAGAUUGCAUCCUGUGAGACCCUGGAAAAGAUUAUAAUGCAAAAGGGGAGUGAGACAGCAGGGCAUGGUGGUGACAUUGUAAAUCGGAACUGGUGUCUUCCGAAGCUGGAGAUUUUGGAGCUAAUAGGACUCAAAGAAUUAAAGAAAAUCAGUUGGAGCGGGUUGCGUCCUUCGACUUACUUUCCAACACUUUCUAUCCUGAAAGUAUAUGACUGCCACAAGCUGAAGAAUGUUACAUGGGUUCUCAAGCUCGAGUGCCUAGAGGUGCUUAAAUUGGUCGAUUGCACGAAUAUGGAGCGACUGAUCGAUGAUGCGGAUGAGGCAGAUGCUAUGACCGAUCUGGCGUUUCCGACCCUCAAGAGGAUCGAAUUAAGCAACCUGCCAAAAUUGACCGUCAUCUGUCGCAGUCAGUCCACCUUCCCUUCGUUGGAAGUUCUUGACGUGAGAAGCUGUUCAUCUCUCGGGAGGCUACCUUUCAACUCGGAGACGCCCAAAAACAAAUUAAGAAUAAAGGGUGAGCCGGACUGGUGGGAUAGGUUACGGUGGAAGGGCAGCGAUCUCGAAUCUUCCCUCCAACGCUGUUUCCGACCACGUAGGCGGUAA